AUGCAACUGUUCACGCAUAAAUACGACGCACCCGCUCCGCUACAAAGUAUUAUUAUUCAAACACGCUUCAAAUUCAUCAUGAAGAGUCUCACUUUAAUACUUGUUCUCACCGUUGUAAUCUUCAAUAAUUUCACUUUUGCCACGGUGCCUCUGAAACGGAGAAAAGAUGAAUUAUUUCUUCUGAGACAGAAUGCUGUUGACGAAACACUCAUCAGAAACUCGUCUUCUAAAGCUACAGUGACACAACCACCAAACAAAGACAGUGACAACAUCUACAUUAACGUUAAUAUCAUAUUAACAUCGAUAUCCUAUAAAACAUUGAUAUCAAGAUCAACACUGAUAACAGUGAGUGAAACAUCAUCGAAAUCGACUAUCAUCAUCAUCGCCAUUGAUAACUAG